AUCCCAUCACCGGCUGACCAGAAGUUGCAAUCGCAUCACAGCAUCCGCUGAUUUGAAAUGUCAAGCUCACACCCGCGCUCCUUCUCCGCGACCGCCAUCUCUCCUCCCCCCUCCUCAGGCUCCCUGAGCCGCAGGACUGUCCCUCCUUCGCUGACUGGGCGAUUCUGAUCCUCCGCUCUCUCGACAACCGUUGCUUUUGGACAACCGCUACUUCUCGACACCAUGUCGAUCCAGGAUGCGCUACCCCCUUCCCUGAAUCUGCCCCCGCACCUCAGCGCGCACAAGUACUUCAUGGUCUGCACGAUGACCGUCGCCGCCUGGGAUACCCUUGUUCUGGCCCCGCGCACCUGGAAGCUCAUGCGCACGGAGGGAUGGCCAGCGCUCAAGGCGCUCUUCUACUUCAUCCGCGUCUUCAUGCCCGUCGAGUUCACGAUCGUUGCCGUAGCAUUCUUUGAUACGAAGUGGUCGCAGGAUACCUGCCAGCAGUUCUACCUCUUCGAGCCGAUCUGCACGGCGGUCCUAAUCGCUGCCUCCUCCGCGGCCCAUGUCAUCCGUAUAUACGGCAUCUACGACAAGAGUCGGCAGGUGCUCGCGGGCAUGGGCGCGCUAUUCGCGCUGCAGGUCGUCGUCACCGCCGUCGCAUGCGGGUUUUGGCGCUCGGUGCCCCUGGAGGAGGGCCAGGGCUGCAUCGCCGGGCCCAAGCACAACUGGGUCGGCAUCUAUUGGGUUGCGCCGACGCUCCUCUAUGCCGCCAGCUUCGCCCUCGCCCUCUCACGGUCCUUCGCCUCCCUCAAACUUAAGCCCAUGGGCCUCUGGAAGCUCAUGCUCCGCGACGGCCUCAACCUCUUCGGCGCUGUCUUCCUCGUCAACCUCGUCAACAUGAUCUUCUGGUUCGUCAUCCAGCCGACGGGCCCGAACGACCCCAUCAAGACGAUGGUCAGCAGUAUGACUGCCGUACUCACGUCGACGAUGACCUUGCGCAUCAUCCUCGCUGUGCGUGGGCCGCUCGCGCACGGUGGCACGUUCGCGCUUUCGGGUAGUACGUCGACGGCGACAAGCAGGACGACCCAUGUCAUCAGCACGCGAUCGGGCGGCGUCGUGUCGGGCGCGAAUGCGAGCCACGCCCCGCACACUUACACCCUCGACGAGAUGCGCGGAGGCAAGCCUGACGAGUGGGCGACGGACGAGCUGAAGAGCCGCGACCUGAGCACGGCAGGCGAUAAAGACGACGCGCUUGUGUACCACCCUGACAUACAGGAGGGUCCCGGUGCGGUUCCUGAGCCCAACAACCUCGGAGUGAAGAUCACGGUCGACCGGGAGGCGCGGUACGAAAAUGAGAACUGGAAGUAGGUGAGGAAGGAGUCGCUGGCGGUCUCUCAUGUUCAUACAUUUGUUACUAUCGACCUGCUCCAUCUACCAUGGGAUGGACAUCCUCUUGGGUUCUACUAUGCCUCGUAUAUAUUGUGCUCUUUCUAGUGAGCCGUCUGUUUAUUUACCCCUCACCUUGGAUUCCAACUUGCCUAGCGAGCCUGCGGAUGUAUUGUACUGAUCACAAUGGAGUUUCUUCGGUGCCUAUGCCAUAGAAAUACCACAUACUGGAUGGAUAGACUUUCAAACCUU